AUGAUCCCCGCCUUUCGCCGCCGCUUCCCCUCCACCACCACCGUCUUCAUCUGGGCUCUCCUUUUGCUCGCCUUUACCGCCUCGUAUAUCAUCCUCGUCGACCCUGGUUCAUCCGUGGAGAAAAACGUCCGUUUGUCGGCUCACGUAACUCGCGCUAAUGGAUUAUCCGUACUUGUAACCGGAGCCGCGGGUUUCAUCGGGUCGCAUGUUGCCAUUGCUUUGAAAAAUAGAGGUGAUGGAGUUGUAGGGGUUGAUAAUUUUGAUAAUUACUACGGACGUUCGUUGAAAGAAACGCGUAGGGAUUUGUUAGAACUUAACGGCGUUUAUAUUGUUGAGGGGGAUAUUAACGAUUCCCGUCUUUUAUCCAUGUUGUUUGAUACGGUGGAGUUUACGCACGUGAUGCAUUUAGCGGCGCAAGUGGGCGUACAAUACGCGGUCGAGAAUCCGUACGCCUACGUCCGUAGUAACGUCGCGAGCCUCGUCACGCUUCUAGAACAAUGCAAGUCGGCCCACCCGCAACCGGCCGUCGUUUGGGCCAGCUCGGGCUCGGUUUACGGGGUUCAUAACAAAGUACCCUAUUCCGAAACCGACCGGGUCGACCCGCCCGAUACUAUUUACGCAUCGACAAAAAGAACGGGGGAGGAAAUCACGCACACGUAUAAUCGUCUUCAUGGGUUAUCGAUAACCGGGUUGAGGUUUUUCACGGUUUACGGCCCGUGGGGACGGCCCGACAUGGCUUAUUUUUCGUUCGUCAGGAAUAUUUUACAGGGGGAACCGAUAACAAUAUAUCGGGCUAAGAACCGGGUUGAUCCGGCCCGGGAGUUUAUCUACAUUGAUGACAUUGUGAAAGGGUGUGUUGCGUCAUUGGAUACUUCGGGUAAAAGUACCGGGUCAGGCGGGUUGAAGAACGGAAGUGCACCGUAUCGGAUAUUUAACUUGGGUAACGGGUCGCCUGUGACAGUACCCGCUUUGGUGGCGAUACUAGAAGAGAAUUUGAAGAUGAGGGUGGAAAAAGACGUGGUGGAUAUGUGCGGAGAUGGCGAUGAUUCAUUUGCGUAUGUGAAUAUUAGUUUAGCCGAGAGGGAACUCGGGUAUAAACCGACGACUGAUUUGCAAACCGGGUUGAGGGAGUUUGUUAAAUGGUACUUGUGGUAUUACGGCAAGCCGUUAGUCGAAGAUAGUAACGUUUGAUUCGACACGAAAACUAUAGUAGAGGGUCUUUUGUGACAUGUGAGUUACAAUCAUUUGGUGUUUUAAUUUCAAUUUGUUUGUAUUGUAUUAGAAACGAGGUGAAAUGAUAUGUGUAACUGUUCAACA